AUGCCGAGCAGCUCGGACACGGCGCUGGGGGGAGGCGGGGGCCUGAGCUGGGCGGAGAAGAAGUUGGAGGAACGCCGCAAGCGGAGGCGAUUCCUGUCCCCUCAGCAGCCGCCGCUGCUGUUGCCGCUCCUGCAGCCGCAGCUCCUGCAACCGCCGCCGCCCCCGCCGCCUCUGCUCUUCCUGGCCGCUCCCGGCACGGCCGCCGCCGCAGCCGCCGCCGCCGCGGCCUCCUCCUCUUGCUUCAGCCCCGGGCCCCCCCUGGAGGUCAAGCGGCUGGCGAGAGGCAAGAGGCGCCCCGGAGGGCGGCAGAAGCGGCGCCGCGGGCCCCGUGCCGGGCAGGAGGCGGAGAAGCGCCGGGUCUUCUCGCUGCCUCAGCCGCAGCAGGACGGCGGUGGCGGUGCGGGUAGCGGCGGGGGUGUGACCCCGCUGGUGGAAUACGAGGACGUGAGCUCCCAGUCCGAGCAGGGGCUGCUGCUGGGGGCGGCCAGCGCGGCGACGGCGGCGACGGCUGCCGGGGGGACGGGGGGCGGCGGCGGCGGCGGGAGUCCGGCCUCCUCCUCCGGCACCCAGCGGCGCGGGGAGGGCUCGGAGCACAGGGCCCGGCGGGACCGGCGCGGCGGCAGCGGCCGCAGCAAGGAGCGGCACCGCGAGCACCGGCGGCGGGACGGGCAGCGCGGCGCGGCCGAGGCCUCCAAGUCCCGCAGCCGCCACGGCCACGGCGCCGACGAGCGGCCCGAGGCGGCCAAGAGCGGCGGCAGCAGCAGCAGCGGCGGCGGCGGCGGCGGCGGCGGUCGUCGCAAGAGCGCGGCGGCCGCGUCCGGCGGCGGCGGCGGCGGCGGCCGCAAGGACCGGGAGCAGAAGGCCCACCGGAGCCGGACCAAGUCGGCCAAGGAGCCGCCGGCGGCCUACAAGGAGCCGCCCAAGGCCUACCGGGAGGACAAGGCCGAGCCCAAGGCCUACCGGCGGCGGCAGCGCUCCCUCAGCCCGCCGGGCGGCCGGGACGACAGCCCGGUGUCGCAUCGGGCCUCGCAGAGCCUGCGCGGCCGCAAGUCGCCCAGCCCGGCGGGCGGGGGCAGCAGCCCGUAUUCCCGGCGCCCGGCGCGCUCGCCGAGCCCCUACAGCCGCCGGCGCUCGCCCAGCUACAGCCGCCACAGCUCGUACGAGCGCGGCGGCGACGUGUCCCCCGGCCCCUACGGCGGCGGCAGCUGGCGGCGCUCCCGGAGCCCCUACAGCCCGGCCCUCAGACGGUCUGCCAAAUCCCGAAGCAGAAGCCCAUAUUCAUCUAGACAUUCAAGAUCUCGCAGUAGGCACAGACUGUCUAGAUCCAGAAGUCGUCAUUCUAGCAUUUCUCCUAGUACACUAACUCUCAAGAGUAGUCUGGCAGCUGAAUUGAACAAGAAUAAAAAAGCUCGAGCUGCCGAGGCAGCAAGGGCUGCUGAGGCAGCCAAGGCUGCAGAAGCUGCAAAGGCUGCAGAGGCUGCUGCCAAAGCAGCCAAGGCGGCCAGUGCUUCUACACCCACCAAAGCGAGCACAGAGACUGCUGCCGGUGCAUCACAAACAAACCACGUGAAGGAUGUGAAGAAACUUAAAAGUGAGCAUGUACCCUCACCCUCAAGCGCUGGAACUUUAAAAAACGACAAGGCAAAAACAAAGCCACCUGUUCAGGCUACAAAGGUGGACAAUAAUUUGAUUAUUGACAAAACCGCCAAGAAAACGGCUGUAGUUGGGAAGGAAAGUAAACCUGCUGCUACAAAGGAGGAACCAGCAUCUCUUAAAGAGAAAAGCAAACCACUUACACCAAGCGUAGGAGCGAAGGAGAAGGAGCAGCAUUUAACUUUAGUGACAUCUACAUUACCACCGUUACCUUUGCCUCCCAUGCUGCCCGAAGAUAAAGAUGCUGAUAGCUUACGUGGGAAUAUUUCAGUAAAAGCAGUUAAAAAAGAAGUAGAAAAGAAACUACGAUGUCUACUUGCUGAUUUACCACUGCCCCCUGAGCUGCCGGGAGGAGACGAUCUCUCCAAGAGUCCUGAGGAAAAGAAAACAGCAACACAGUUACAUAGUAAAAGGAGGCCUAAAAUAUGUGGGCCUCGCUAUGGUGAAAUCAAAGAGAAAGAUAUUGACUGGGGAAAACGCUGCGUGGAUAAAUUUGAUAUCAUCGGAAUAAUUGGUGAAGGCACCUAUGGACAAGUUUACAAGGCCAGGGAUAAAGACACUGGAGAAAUGGUAGCCUUAAAGAAAGUACGCCUAGAUAAUGAAAAAGAAGGCUUCCCAAUUACAGCAAUUCGAGAAAUUAAAAUUCUUCGGCAGCUUACCCACCAGAGUAUCAUCAAUAUGAAGGAAAUAGUGACCGACAAAGAAGAUGCCUUGGAUUUUAAGAAGGAUAAAGGGAUCAAACCCAGGGCCUCACGCAUGCAGUGCAUGCACGCUACCUCAAAACCACCUCCCCAGCACUGGAGUUUUGGUUGUGGGUGCGGUGCAUUUUAUCUGGUGUUUGAAUAUAUGGACCAUGAUCUAAUGGGACUACUAGAAUCUGGUUUGGUUCAUUUUAAUGAAAAUCACAUAAAAUCCUUUAUGAGACAACUCAUGGAAGGUCUGGAUUAUUGCCAUAAGAAGAAUUUUCUACAUAGAGAUAUUAAAUGUUCAAAUAUUCUUCUAAAUAACAGAGGACAAAUAAAACUAGCAGAUUUUGGACUUGCUCGACUGUAUAGUUCGGAAGAAAGUCGGCCAUAUACUAACAAGGUCAUCACUUUAUGGUACCGUCCACCUGAACUGCUUUUGGGAGAAGAACGAUAUACACCAGCUAUUGAUGUAUGGAGCUGUGGAUGCAUCCUUGGUGAACUCUUUACUAAAAAACCAAUCUUUCAAGCAAAUCAGGAACUUGCACAGUUAGAGCUAAUAAGCCGUAUAUGUGGGAGUCCUUGUCCUGCAGUGUGGCCUGAUGUCAUCAAACUGCCAUAUUUCAACACCAUGAAACCAAAGAAACAGUAUCGUCGGAAGUUAAGAGAAGAAUUUGUUUUUAUUCCUGCAGCUGCCCUAGACUUAUUUGAUUACAUGCUCGCCUUGGAUCCUAGUAAGCGUUGCACUGCAGAACAGGCUCUUCAGUGUGAGUUCCUUCGAGAUGUGGAACCCUCAAAAAUGCCUCCACCAGACCUUCCUUUGUGGCAAGAUUGUCAUGAGUUGUGGAGCAAAAAGCGAAGAAGACAGAAGCAGAUGGGCAUGACUGAUGAUGGUUCCACAGUGAAAGCUCCCAGAAAGGAUUUGUCUCUGGAUGACAGCAGAACCAACACACCUCAGGGUGUGCUGCCGUCUUCACAGCUGAAAUCUCAGGGCAACUCGAAUGUAGCACCUGUAAAAACAGGCCCUGGACAGCAGUUAAACCACAAUGAAUUGGCAAUUCUACUAAACCUACUACAGUCUAAAACAAGUGUUAAUGUGGCUGAUUUUGUCCAAGUGUUGAACAUUAAGGUAAACUCUGAGACUCAACAGCAGCUAAAUAAAAUAAACCUUCCUGCUGGAAUUUUGGCAACAGGUGAGAAACAGACAGAUCCAUCAACCCCACAACAGGAGCCUUCGAAGCCAUUGGGAGGAAUUCAGACUUCUCAGAGCGUCCAGCCUAAAGUGGAGACUGACGCUGCCCAGGCGGCUGUGCAGAGUGCGUUUGCAGUUCUGUUGACUCAGUUAAUUAAGGCUCAGCAGUCAAAGCAGAAAGACGUGCUGCUAGAAGAGCGGGAAAAUGGAUCAGGACACGAAGCCUCAUUACAGCUCAGGCCGCCUCCAGAACCUAGCACUCCGGUCCUGGGACAAGAUGACCUCAUCCAGCAUCAGGAUAUGAGGAUACUGGAGCUCACCCCAGAACCAGAGCGUCCUCGCAUUCUGCCUCCUGAUCAAAGACCCCCUGAACCACCUGAACCACCCCCCGUAACUGAAGAAGAUCUGGAUUAUCGGACAGAAAACCAGCAUGUACCCACCACUAGUUCUUCUUUAACUGACCCUCAUGCUGGAGUGAAAGCUGCUCUGUUACAGCUCCUUGCUCAGCAUCAACCCCAGGAUGAUCCCAAAAGAGAAGGGGCUAUUGAUUACCAAGCAGGAGACACUUAUGUACCUACUACAGACUACAAGGAUAAUUUUGGAUCCUCUUCUUUCUCUUCUGCCCCUUAUGUUAGCAGUGAUGGUCUAGGAGCUAGCUCUGCUCCAGCAUUGGAACGGCAUAGCUUCAUUGGAAACUCAGAUAUUCAGUCUUUGGAUAACUACAGUACUGCUUCAUCUCAUUCUGGUGGUCCACCUCAGCCUUCUGCCUUUUCCGAAUCAUUUCCCAGUUCAGUAGCUGCAUAUGGAGACAUUUACCUCAACACCGGUCCCAUGUUGUUCAGUGGAGACAAGGACCAUAGAUUUGAAUACAGCCAUGGCCCUAUUGCAGUCCUGGCAAACAGUAGCGACCCUUCCACAGGGCCAGAGAGUACUCAUCCUUUGCCAGCAAAGAUGCACAACUAUAACUAUGGUAGUAACUUACAGGAAAACCCAGGUGGCCCAGGUCUCAUUCAUGGACAGACCUGGACUUCUCCUGCGCAAGGACCUGGAUAUACACAAGGGUACAGGGGACACAUGAGCACAUCAGCUGGCAGAGGUCGAGGCAGAGGGUUACCAUACUGAGUUUCUGUUUCUCCUCAGGCACAUCAUUUUUAUCUGGAAAGACUUUUCUAGCUGCAAUUUAAGGCAGCAAUCCAAGAGACUUGAAUAAUAUUAAUUCAACAACAGCUUUAUUUUUAUGUGGAAAAGGGUCUUGCAUACAAUAGUUUAAAAAAAACAACAAAAAAAACCUUUGCUUAAAUCCAUCCUAUUCUAAAAACUAGAUCUAUUGAUUAUACAUCUUCAUAAAUUCUCAGUAACAAUUUUAUUUUGUAUUCUUGCAGUUUAAAUGGAUGCUGAUCUUAGGGACAUAAAAGUCAUUUAUGACCGUCUUGCAGAUCUUCUGAACUAUGCACAUUUGUGCUUUUUUUUCUUUUUCUUUUUUUCUUUCUUUUUUCUUUCUUUUUUUGUAAGUUUGGACCAACUUUUAUGUAACAGGCAACCCCUCCCUCACCCCUCCAGUUUUACAACAAUCAGAAAGGGCACUGAUCCAUUUGGUUAUUUUUCUUUUUACAAAGCUACCUUUAGUCAGAGGUCACUGUCAGUCUUUGCACCUGCUUUCAGUGUUAUUGUGAAAGGUGUACUUUGUGCUCAUUUCAGAAAAUAAAACACAACCUUUCUCUUGAUGCAACAGUUUUAUAAAGAAAAAUGGUCAACGUUAUUUUUGUUUUAUCUUGCAGAUUACCAUAGCCUAGCAAAAUGCAUUCAAAUGAAAUAAUGGGUUUUAUAUGAAAAAUAUGGGUAAGGGUGGGGAGGGUAAGUAAGUGCCUUAACAGGUAAGCUUAAGGUCUGAAAAAGUGGUUAACCUUUACACCUAUUUGUCUUCUAAAGGGAAUCAAUUCAUUUUAUUGAAGCAACAGAAAGCUCUCAAGUGUUCAGGGCUGUCUGUUGAGUUCCUGCUAGAUCCAUUCCCUCUACCUGCACACUUCCUGCUGUCCUGCCUGUCUGAGCUGUAUUAACUUCCACUACCAUUUUCUCUUUUCAUAAGGGAGUGAAAACAAAGAACGGGAGUAAGUAUUCUGGUCUGUACAUUUUGUUACUUCCAAGAGGUUCUGAAAAGUUUUAAUGUUUAAGUGGUUGAAAGUAAUAACUAAAUAAGAAUUUGAGUCCUGUCUUCUUCAGGCUGCCAUAUUGUCCCUGAUUCCUUUGGCCAUGGGUAGUAGCAAUAUGUCCAUGGAGCACGGUAGCAUGAAAGCACAGGUUAAUAACAGAAUUUUCAUAAUUUUAGUAAUGUUUGGGGUAAUAAACUAUAAUUUAUGCAACAACCAUUUUAAGGGGAAAAAAUCAACUGUUUACUAAUGUUAACUAGAACCAUUGCUUAGAUUGAAUUGGAGUGGGAAAACCUGUUAUCUUCCCUCCUCACUUUCUAUGAAGUCUGUUUAUGCCCUCCUCUGCCAGACUUAGUGCAACUUCAGUUCAUUUUAACAUUGUUUUGUUUUAUUAAAAGUAACAUAAGAUGACCUGUUAUUUUAAACUGUAAGGAUGUCGAGUCUUAACUUUCUGUGUACACUCACAUGUGUAUAAGUUGUGAUCUAGAAAGGAACCAAAGGUAAACACCCAUGUUCCCAUUAUAACUAAAUGACAAAUUAGGCUCUGGAAAUGAGAGUUGUGCCAACUCCAUUUUAACUGUUUUCCUGGUAACACUUACUGAUUGGAGUCAUAGACCGGAACAACUGUUAUAGAAUGGAAAUGGCUCCAUUCCAAAAGUCAGCCUUUAAAAAGCUUGUGCCCAUUAUCUGACUUGUGAACCUUCAUUUCAAAACAGUAUGUGAGGAGCAUCGUAGUUUGGUAAUAGUAAGGAUACUUUAAAGUGGGGCGCUUACCAUUUUACUGCUGUAAAAUGAGUUAGUAGUAGUUGACCGUUUUAUUUUUUUGAUGGAAUUUUUCUGUUGGGGAGAAAGAAAUGAAUGGAAGAGAAUUAUUUUGCUUUUAUUUGAAUAUUGAGUACUAACAGCUUAUAUAAAAUUACAUGGCAAGAAGUACAGAAAUAUUUUGAAAUUUAGCAAAAUAGUUACAGUAUUCAAUUAUCUGAAAUUUCAAUAUGGUGAGUCUUAGAUCUUUAGACUUUCCUAUAAGUGACAGUAUAUAAGUUAUUCAUAAUAGUCACACUUGGUAAUUCUGCUGACCAUAAGCAACUAACCUAAAAUUGAAGAUAUUUAUGUGACAUGAAUAGCCUGUGUUUUAAAAAAUUAAAUAUUUUAUAUAAAAUUGAA